AUGAGUCUCAUCCCCAUUUCGCCACUGUCCCAGCCCACCUACAUAGACGAAAACGCAUUACAACCAGCCCAAGUAAAUACGUACUGGAACUGGCAAGACGUGCAUCGCGCCGACCAGUAUCUAUACCACCUGGAAGGGCUUCGUGACAGAAACGCUGCGAGCGAGCAAAGAGCUCAGUUUAUACGUGACGAGUUCGCCAAUCUUGGUUUUCGUGCUGCCACCCAGAACUACACCUUUACUACAUCGUCCGGACCGGUGUCCGGAGUAAAUGCGUACGCUAUCAUGGCAUCACCACGGACCCCAUCUUCUGAAGCAAUGGUUAUAAGCGCCACAUGGCGCAGUGAAGUUGGGGCAGAGCCUUUCAACCUCAGAGGUAUAUCCAUCGUCCUUGCCUUGGCAGCAUUUCUCAAAAAUUAUUCACUGUGGGCAAAGGAUAUCAUAUUCGUUAUUGGAGAUGGUCAUGUUGAUGGGAUGCAAGCAUGGCUCAAUGCCUACCACGGUACUGUACCACCAAAUCUUGAAACAGGCUUGCUUGAGUAUACCUCGGGAGUUAUAUGGACUGCACUGAAUAUCGACUACAGCGGACACUCAUUCUCUCAUCUCGGCGUUUUCUUCGAGGGCCUCAAUGGGCGGCUUCCGAACCAAGAUCUUAUCAACUCCGUCCGGCUCAUCUCUCAUUACACUGCUGGUGUUCCCUUCGUCGUCUAUGACCACCUUGAACCUAGCGAGUUUCCCGAUCGUUGGCAAGCAACGAGCAUACUUGCUAGUGCGCCGGAUUUCAUUCGGCGGAGUCCGCAGUUGCAGGAUUUUGAAUACAGAGCGAAGAAUAUCGCAAGACAUAUUGAUUACCAAGCAAGAGGGAAACCCAGUGGGGCCCAUGGGCUAUAUCAUAAAUUCCGCAUCGAUGCCAUCACACUGAUAAUCGAAUCCACACUUCGUACGACUAAUAACCUGCUGGAACGACUGCACGCUUCAUUCUUCUUCUACCUCUUCACGAGCCCAGGAACUUUUAUGAAGAUAGGGAAAUUCCUCCCAAGUGCUGUUCUUGUCAGUGCAGCGAUGAUGAUUUCUGGAUUGGGUGAUUGGGUUAAUGCGGGAUGGCUGCAAGAUGUUGCAGCCAAGAAAGAAGGGGGAGGGACGGGAGCUGGUGGCCCAAGUAACACGAUUCAAAGCGAGAAAACCGUAAGAUGGAGAAUGCGACGGCGUCCUGUCUUGCGUCCCAUAUUCACUGUGUUAGGUUACGCAUGUGAUGGGCUUGAUUGCUUUCGGAUUGAUUCGUUCGCCAUUUUUUGUCAAGAACCAGUUUCUUCACUGCUCCUUUUUGGGGUACUCGCGGUUUUGCCAUUCGUUUUCACCCCUCCCUCGGACAGAACCCCAGAGGUGGCUCCCUUCAGCCUUCUCCUCAAAUCAUUCAACCUUUGUCUUGCAUCCAUCGUAAUCUCCACAACCUCUCUUCUUAAUUUUUCACUUGCAGCCAUGCUUGCCAUCACGCUUGCCAUUCCCUUGAUGCAUUCUUACCGCCCACGAUCCUCGUCACUUCCUAUCGUAGUUCUCGCUAAGUAUGUGGCCUACUCUUUUCUUGCAUGGGGGUGGUUAGUAUUCCUGCCAAAUGAAGUACGACAGGCGGUUUGGAACUGGGAAGUUUUGGGAAUAUGGUUCGCUCCCUUCAUUUGCGUAGUGUAUGGGCCGCUUGUCACGCAGGCAGGGAUAACAUCUCUACAAUCUUGA